AUGGACCUGGAAUCGAAUGUUUAUUUCCUGGCUUUGCCAGCACUCGUUGUAUAUCUGUGUGCCGUCAUAUUGGGAAGACUCUUCUUUCAUCCUUUAUCAAAGAUUCCCGGACCCAAGCUUGCCUCCAUCACGCGCUCAUAUAUAUUUUAUUACAACGCUACAGGCGGCAGCAGGUUCUAUCUUCAAGUCGAGAAGCUUCACGAGAAAUAUGGACCUAUCAUCCGCAUAGCCCCCUACGAAAUCCACCUCAGCGACCCAGAAAACCACGAGAAAAUCUACCGCGCCGGAUCAAAAUAUACCAAAGAACCCACCUUCUACGCCGCCUUCGGCUGCGAAACAGCCGCCUUCAGCACCCCCAGCAACUCACUCCACCGCACCCGCCGCGCAGCACUCAACCCGCUCUUCUCCCGGAAACGGGUCCUCGAUCUCGAAGACGUCGUUCAAUCCAAAGUCGCAAAGCUCGAUCAGCGACUCCGUGAUGCUGCGUCGACGGGAGAGGAGGUCGAUCUGCAUUAUGGACUUCGAGCUAUCUCUGUGGAUACGAUUACGGAUUAUGGGUUUGGGAAGUCGUAUGAUUUGUUGGAGAGGGAGGAUUUGGGGAGGGGUUUCUUUGAGAUGAUGAGAAAGCUGGGGCCGGCGAUUUGGUUUUUUCAGCAGUGGCCGUUUUUGCAGCCUGUUGCGUUGGGGAUUCCGGAGUGGUUGGCGAGGAGAGUGAGCUCGAAUUUGGGGACUACUAUGCAGUUACAAAGUGAAUGCCGUGAUAACAUUGUUGUGAUUAAAAAGGCCAUGGAAGCGGGAGUCAAGGAUGAAUCUCGGACGACGAUCUUUCAUCAACUUCUCGAUCCGAAUGCGACGGAAGGCCAUGUCGUACCUUCUGUUGAUAACCUGACAGAUGAAGGGUUUGUGAUAUUGGGCGCUGCUUCCGACACUACUGGAAAUGCAAUGACCGUCGCCAUGCAUGGAGUCGUCAGAAACCCAGCUAUUUACGCCAAACUGACUGCGGAGCUUAAUGAGGCGUUUCCUGACCCGACUGUGACGUUGGACUUUAUCACACUGGAGAAACUUCCCUAUUUGACUGCCGUGAUCAAAGAAGGACUUAGACUAUCAUAUGGUGUCAUCGGUAGACUUCCCAGAGUGGUAAACGAACCUGGUGUUUCAUUCCACGGCUUCGAUAUCCCACCAUGUACCAUCGUCGGAAUGAGCGCAUAUAUGAUGCAUCGUAACCCUGAGCACUUCCCCAACCCAGAUACCUUCGAUCCUGAACGAUGGACCGAGCCCGGGGCCGCGAGGAGACUCGACAAAUAUCUGGUGCCCUUCUCUAAAGGACAGAGACAGUGCAUUGGGAUGCCACUUGCAUAUUGUGAGAUAUAUGUCACGCUAGGGACACUGCUUCGUCGGCAUCAAAACCUGAAAGCAAUGCCUAUGUCUGAGGAAGACUUGGUGUACCAGGUUUAUUUCGCCGCAUAUCCUCCUAUUGAUGCAAAGAAGUUUCGUGUUACGGUUUAG